UCUCUCUCCUUUGGGUCGCCUGUUGACGCCUAUUUCCUCGCUGGCCUUCCUUCCCCCGUCCCUCCUGGCUCGCUCUUUUCACCUAAUCUCCACCCCCAGAUCCGCCCUUCCCGUAAACCACCCCUCUCUUCCUUUUGCUUUCCUCUUGAGCCAAACAGAGGGAAGUGGAAAGCAACGAAGCGGAGCAGCAAUUCGAACAAGAAACAAUUUGACACAGAUUCAUAGAAAUGGAUUCAAAGAACGCAGCACCCGGAUACCCUGGACCCCCAACGCAAUAUGGAUAUCCUCAGUAUGCUCCUGGACCAGGCCAAUAUCCACCUGGACCAGGCCAAUAUCCACCUGGGCCAGGUCAAUAUCCACCUGGGCCAGGUCAAUAUCCACCAGGGCCAGGUCAAUAUCCUCCUGGACAAGGACAGGGUUUUGCAGGACAGCCACCCUACCAACCCAUGGGCUAUCAAGGGGCAUAUGGAGCUCCCCCAGUUCAGGGUCAGCCAAAUGGUGCUAUGUGGAUGCCAGCACCACCUCCCCCUGCCAACUGUCCACCUGGACUGGAAUAUUUGAGCCAGAUUGAUCAGAUACUGAUUCAUCAGCAGAUUGAACUCCUGGAAAUCCUCACUGGCUUUGAAACUUGCAACAAAUAUGAAAUAAAGAAUUCUUUGGGGCAAAGGGUGUACUUUGCUGCUGAGGAGUCUGAUUGCUGUACACGCAAUUGCUGUGGACCAUCACGGCCCUUCACAAUGAAAAUCAUGGACAAUAUGGGCCAGGAAGUCAUAGAGCUCCUGAGACCUCUCAGAUGCUCCAGUUGCUGCUUUCCUUGCUGCUUGCAAGAGCUUGAAGUUCAUGCCCCGCCUGGCACACCUGUAGGAUAUAUUAAACAGACCUGGAGUCCCUGUUUACCUAAAUUCACUAUCCAGAAUGCAGCCCGUGAAGAUGUACUUAAAAUUGUUGGACCCUGCAUAGUAUGCAGCUGUUGUUCAGAUAUUGAUUUUGAAGUGAUGUCAAAGGAUGAGAAGAACACAGUCGGAAAAAUCUCUAAGCAGUGGACCGGUUUCGUAAGGGAGGCAUUUACAGAUGCUGACAAUUUUGGCAUCCAGUUCCCACAGGACCUCGAUGUCAAAAUGAAAGCUGUCAUGCUUGGGGCUUGCUUCCUCAUUGACUUCAUGUUUUUUGAACAUGGACAAGAUCGUAACCAGAGAGCUGGCGUCUGGUAACAUGUGGCCUGUACACUGCUUCAGAGGAAAACACUGUGUUAAUUCUGUCCUUGCUUAUCGUAAAUGAAGAUUCUGAUAGUUUUUUUUUUUCAUUUUAAAAAUUGGUAAUGUGGCUACAUCUUUUGCACCUGUAGCAUUUAUUUAUGAAAGCUGCUCUAUACUUGUUUAUAUAACUAUUUUUAUAUGUCCAGUGUAUUCAUAAUAAGAUGGAUCCUUCCUCUUCCAUAUGCAGCGCCAUGGAGCCAUUCCACAUAUUGAAAAAUAUUGUGCCUUGUGACUUUAAAACCAAAGGUUAUGUCUGUGUUUUAUAUGUACAUAUAACAUAAACUUUUAUGAUAUUGCCUCCAGCAGUUUAUUGGAAUCAAAUAGCACCUUACUCUACAGUGCAUAUGGUGUGCAUACAUCUAUAAGGCUCUUUAUCUCUUUCUCUACCUCAUGCAUGCAUGCACACACACACACACAAGUAAAAAUAUUAAACUGAGGGAAAUUGCAGUGACAAUUGUAUGGAGACAUAUAUAGCAGGAGUGUUUAUAAUUAUAUGGCAUUGGCAUUUUUGUCAGUAUGGGAAAGACAUCUUGAAGUCUUGCUCUUACCACAAACUCUGGUGGGAAGGCUUUUAGUUAUUUUUCCUUCAACUUAAAUGAGAGAGGUAGCUCCUCCCCACUAUUUCCAUCCUCUUUCACAUAUUGAGUGAUUUUAUUCAUUUGAGAAUUAAAAACACUUUUUCUAGGA